AUGUCGGAAAACUACGGCGACUAUCAGACUGAGAUCUAUGGCCGCGGAGCAUUGACAGGCGUCUUGCCUAAUGUUACCACCGAUCCUCGCUUACUUGAAGCACAGGCAAAGAAGGCCCUAGGCGAGCGUAGCUUCAAUUAUGUGGCUGGCGGUGCUGGGGAGAAGGCUACAAUGGAUAGCAAUCGGUUGGCUUUUCGACAAUGGAAGCUAAUCCCGAGGAUGCUGAAGCCGAUGAAUGAUCAGAACCUUGCGGUAAACCUUUUUGGCCAGCAAUAUCCAACUCCUCUUCUUAUGGCGCCGGUCGGCGUCCAGUCUAUUUUCCAUGAUGAUAAGGAGUCUGGCCUUGCAGAAGCUUGCGGGAAUGUCGGGGUCCCGUAUAUCCUCAGCACCGCGAGUAGCAGCUCGAUUGAAGAGGUCGGGCAGGCAAACGGAGACGGUAAAAGAUGGUUCCAACUCUACUGGCCGCGAGACGAUGAUAUCACGCUAUCAUUGCUGAAACGCGCCAAAGACAAUGGAUUCUCCGUCCUGGUAGUUACGCUCGACACUUGGUCGCUCGCUUGGCGACCAGCGGACCUGGACAAUGCCUACGUUCCGUUCAUACGGGGCGUCGGCAACACACUCGGUUUCACGGAUCCCGUGUUCCGUGCGAAGUUUGAGAAAGAGUCUGGUUCGACAGUGGAAGAGGACAUUGUGGGGGCAUCCAAGUCAUGGAUAUCCCAGGUAUUCUAUGGUCAGCCGCAUGCGUGGGAGCAGAUUGCAUUUUUGCGAAAGAAUUGGGACGGUCCAAUUGUACUCAAGGGCAUUCAGCAUGUGGAUGAUGCGAAGCUCGCCCUUGAGGCGGGAUGUGACGGUAUCGUUGUUUCAAACCAUGGAGGUAUGUGGCAGUCGCUCUCCAGCGAAGGUUCUUUCUACUGA